AUGCCUUCACCUGAGGAAGCUUCUACAUCUACGUCCUCGCCACCCUCCUUCAAGGAGCUGGGAGUCAUUGGCCCACUCCUAGAGGCUCUCGAGCAGAUGAACUUUAAAAAGCCCACCGAUAUUCAAGCAGAAGCUCUACCACAUGCAAUCUCUGGUCGGGAUAUAAUAGGCGUUGCGGAGACAGGAUCAGGAAAGACAGUUGCGUUCGCACUACCAAUCUUACAAAGGCUAUGGGAAGAGCCCAAAGGUCUGUUCGCAUGUGUGCUCGCUCCGACCCGUGAAUUGGCAUACCAGAUAUCCCAGCAAUUCGAAUCUCUCGGUUCAGCGAUUGGGGUAAGAUGUGCUGUCAUUGUGGGUGGAAUGAACAUGGUAGAUCAGGCGGUAGCACUGGCGAAGAGGCCGCAUAUUGUCGUUGCGACCCCGGGUCGUUUAAAUGAUCAUUUAGAAAAUACGAAAGGAUUCAGUCUUAGAGGGAUCAAAUUUCUGGUCCUUGAUGAAGCAGAUCGGCUCCUGGACAUGGACUUCGGCCCAAUCAUUGACAAAAUUCUCAAGGUCAUACCAAAAGAGCGUACUACGUACUUAUUCUCUGCGACGAUGACCACAAAGGUCGCAAAGCUGCAGCGAGCCAGUUUAACUAACCCUGUCCGGGUAGAAGUGUCUAAAAAGUACACCACAGUUUCCACACUACUGCAAUACUACCUCUUCAUACCCUAUAAGCAAAAAGAAGUUAAUCUUAUCCAUAUGUGCAAUACCUUGUCGCAGAAUUCAAUUAUCAUCUUUACAAGGACAGUCAUGGAUUGCCAAAGACUUGCACUAAUUCUGAAAACACUUGGUUUUUCCUCCGUCCCACUGCACGGUCAGUUGAGCCAAAGUGCGCGUCUCGGAGCUCUGGCAAAAUUCAAAAGCGGUGGACGAAAUAUUUUGGUCGCAACUGAUAUUGCCAGCCGUGGUCUGGACAUACCGUCCGUGGAUGCGGUAAUUAACUACGAUAUCCCGUCUCAUUCAAAGGACUAUAUUCAUCGGGUUGGACGUACGGCACGAGCCGGGCGGGCGGGAAAUUCCAUUACUCUCGUCACACAAUACGACGUUGAAUUAAUACAGCGGAUUGAAGCUGUUAUCGGAAAGAAAAUGGACCUAUGGCCAACAGAUGCAGAAGAAAUUGCUCUGUUGCGGGAGCGAGUCGACGAAGCCGCUCGUAUGGCCGCAAAGGAACUAAAAGAACAAGCGAAGGAAGGGAGGCAUGGAAGAAAGAGGGGCAGAGAGGAUAUCGGAGCAGUGGACGACCGCGAUCGUGACGAUGAUGUAGUCGAAGCAGGAAUGCCAAUGAAGAAGACCAAGAAAGGCCGGCGGUAGCGUUACCACCUCGUGUGUGCCUUAUUGUCCAUUAGAACAUCAUUAUUUUGAGUUCAUU